UGCCACCUGUCGGAAGGUGUGAGUAUCUGUUCACCAGCUCUAUGCAGGUGAACUAGCUUCACUCCAAACACAUGCUAACUUAUCCGCGCCUAUAACGCAACCUCAUGAUGAACCGUCAGAAUCAUGUCCCGUUCAGCCCUUCAGCAGCACCCAAAGGAGCUGCUCCAUUGUACAAACAGCUACCCGGAAGAGUACCCAAAGACUUCAUAGAAGCUAUGAAACGCAUCCCAAUGAAGCCAGCAGACAACUCAAACAUCAGGACAACUGACAUGGCUGCCAAGCCACUACCAACUCAGAAACCUGCAGUGCAACCUUCUGCUGGUAAAUGGAUGUCUUCAUUCAAACCAGUAGGAGAAGAAGAAGACAACUCUCAGGACAAAAGCACAAGCAGUUCAGAAAAGGUUGAGCUUUAUGACCCUUAUGAUCCUGGCUUGCCAGAAUCUGAGCUCAGGAUUGCACUGAGCAAAAACUUCAACCACUCCACAUCCGAUCAGGAUAUCAACCCGGAUCGUCGACAUUUGUCUCCAGGUAGAGAGACUCUGAGACACUGGAACUCUACACCAGGGGGCCGACUCUUUGACACACGUGACUUUAGCCCUGAAACCAGACCCGGCGAGAAUCGUUUGGGUCAGAGACUGCCUGAACGUCGAGUUUAUAGCCCAGACAAUGAAUCACUUGACCGACCAGGGUAUGGCUCCAUAAGUAGACCUCUGGACCACAGGGUCUGCAGCCCUGACAGGAUGGUUCAUGGCUCGUCCAACCAACAGAUUCCUGCAACCUAUGGAGGACGGAAGACCAAUGGAGAGGAGAGGAUAACAGUGCCAGAACACAGGAGAGAGAUGACCACUACUGUUACAUUAUCCCCACCCAAGUUACAGCAGGAUUAUCAACAUCACUUGGGGUUCGUGGAAAGAGGUCUGGACCAAAUCACGCCUGCCACAGAGGUGACAAGAAACAGAAGCAAAACUAUAGUAAUGGACAAGAGCCCCAUCACCUGUGACCUUUGUGAUGUUGAGCUGGCCAAUGGGCAGGAGCUGGAGGAUCACCUGGACAGCAAAAGCCACUGGGGGACACUAGAGCACAUUCAACAGAAGAAGAAUUAUGAUGAUCUGGCUAUAGCUUUCCUGCAGGAAGUCAUGCUAUAUAAAAGUCGUCAGUGUAGCCGAGCGAUAGAGGACAGUGCUCUUCAAGCUCUGCAGGAAAAUGACCACAUGACAAAGGUGGAAAUGUUCCACUGUGCAGCAUGUAACGCCUUUAUAUCAACAUCUGCAUCGUUGGUGCAGACUCACAUUACCUCUCAGGAACACCUCUCCAACACAAAGGAGUUUGAACUGCAGCAGAGACGUACUUGCCUCAGCAAAGCAGAAACCAUAAUGAAGGAACUGAAACCUCAAUUUGAACACUUCAUGAAGUGACCCUUCCCUCUAAGGGGACAAGUCGACCCAUACCAUACCAUGCCAGCAAAAUGCCCCCCGCAGCAUAACAGCCACUGGAUCCAAUCACGGUAGGGGUCAGGCAUUCAGGCCUGUACCAUUCUCUUGGUGUCCGCCACGCAUGCACCGACCCACUUGUAAAGAAUAUGGUGAAGGACUUUUUUCCACAUCUCUGUGGACCAGUGUCUAUGGUUUUUACACCACUGAAUUCUUUGUAAUGGGGGGUUUAUGCUCUGCGACUCUACUAUAUCUCUCUAUGUAACUGUUGAUGGACUGUUCUUGCUGACACAGUCUGAUCGCGUCCUGCACCAUUCUCAGUCACCUGAGGAAGAGUUACUCUCCUGUUUUUCCUUUCGUAUUGCACUAAUGCAUCACGGUAAUCAAAUGUGUGCUGUCGACCACAAUUUCUGACCCUAUUUACUCAAGCCUUUAGUCACAGCUCCUACUGAAACACCAGUCAGUUGAGCAGUCUUGUGACUGAAGUUCCUGCUAUCCGUGCCUCAACAAUGAACCCUCUUUCAAAGUCACUUUGAUCUUUUCCUCUUGCCAAAUCAGAAACAAUUGGGCCUGCUCUGCAUUUUUAUACAUGCCACAGAGCAGGAUUGGAUGUUAACUGCUUAAUUGUACCAGGGAUUGCAUUUCAGUGCACCUGUGUGGAAGUAUGUGUUCAUUAUGUUUGUCCACUCAUUUAUUCAGGUUUUUCCUUUCAAUUUGUCACCCGUCUGUAUAUUUCAGUAGAAGUACACGUGUCGUACAAUAAUCAAAAGCUAUUAAGUAAUCGGCUGUGAAACUAUGAAAGCUAUUAAAGUUCUGUAGUCCACAUUUUCAACACAUAAGUGGCCGUGUAUGGGGAGGAAACAUCUAAUAUUUCAUCUUGUCUUCUAAUAUGAACAAAAUAUAUAAAGUGAAAUAACAUGUAAAAGUAACUGUACAUUUUAACUAAGAUGAGAUUGCAUUUUUUCUUCAUUUGAUUAUGGCAUUGAAUACUUUUAGUAAUGAAUUUGUUUUCAGCCUCAGUACACUACAUCUAAUUAGUAGCACCAGCAAAUAGUACCCUACAAGGCCUCUGGUAAUUACUAGUAAUUAAAGUAGACUGCACUUGGGCUACAUUGAGGUCUACAUAUGCAGCUAUCAGACUACUUAACCGGUUGUUUUCUUUCAGGGUGACAGCCCAUUUGAAUGAUGGCAAUCACAAAUGUCUUCAAAAUACUGCUUACACUGAGCUGCUGUUUGCUUCCGAUGAAGAAUAAUGGACUUAAAGCAACUGCUCACUUUAAAUCCCAACCACAUAAAUGCUGUAUCAAUUCUCAUGUACAGUAUAUUGCUCAGAGAGCACUGUUAUUUGCCAUUUAGGAUUUGUCAGAAUAAAUGAAAGCAUCUUGAGUCCAGGUUUGCUCACACCACAUAGAUUUUUUUCUUCAUACUUUCUGUGCAUAUGUGGUUUGUCAUUUCACAUAUUGUUCAUGAUAAUGUUAGCUACAAAUCUUCCAGGUCAACACCACUUAGAUGAAGCUUGUGAUUUUUUUGAAUUUACAAAUCCAAUGUUUAUAAUUUGCGUGCAAAAAUAAUUAGAAAAAGUCAAUUUGUUUCUUUGCUUUUUUUUUUAUUUAGAACAACACAAAUGUUUUAAGCAUUGUAUCUGUGAUAUAGUACAUUUAAAAUUAAAUUAUUUCAAAACAGUAUAUUUAAACAUUAAAUAUAGGUGACAUGUAUGAAGGGCAUUGCCAGCACAGGCUGUGCGUGUUAGGUCUUUUUUCUUAACCACCUUCAGUUUUAACUUUGUAUUUGUAUUAGAAACAAUGCAAUUACUGAAAUACUAUAAAACACUUUCUAUGCAUAACAAGUUUGCAGACAUUUUUCUUUUUGUUCUUGAAGAGUAGCUCACUUUUUUCACUUGUCUUUCUUGGAACUGUUUAUCAAGAGCUUUCAGGUGCCGUCACUUUCAGGUGGAAUAUUCAUCUCAGUAACUCUAUGGCCUGAAAAACAGACUGCGGGCUUUGAUUUCAACAUGUUGCAGUACAAAAGA